AUAGGCUUGGUCAUUAAUUUGACCAUAAUGUUUGCACCCGAAGGAUCUUUUCCCCUUUCUUUUGACCAUUGCCAACGUCUGCGGACCAUUACAACAUUUAAUUGUGAAAUUACAAGUCUCAGCCGAGAGUUGAUUUUACAAUUAAAAUGCGUGAGGACGUUGAAUUUGAGUGACAACGAUAUCGAAGAAGUUCCGGACGAGGUUGGCGAGUUGGUGCACUUGAGGUAUUUGGAUUUAUCCGAAAAUCGGAGGCUGAAGAAAUUACCUGAUAGUUUGUGUAAUUUAGUCAAUUUGCAAACCUUGCGAGUUAAUAACUGCCAUGAGCUUAAAAAGUUACCCGAGGCCAUGGGAAAGUUGACCAGCUUGCAGCAUCUUCAUGCUAAGAGGGAUAGGGGGCAGCUGAAGUUGCCCAAAUCAAUUGCGAGGUUGAAAAGUCUACGGACGCUACAUCUGUGGGUUGUAAUUGAAGGUGAAGGUGAAGGUGAAGGUAGUGGAGAUGAAGAAGGAUUCAGAUUAAGUGAUUUGAGAGACAUGGACGAGCUUCAGGGGAAGCUUUGGAUCGCAUGGGUGGGCAAAUUGAAAGAUAGUGCUGCGAGUGAUGCGGAGAAAGCCAAAUUGGUGAACAAGAAACACCUUCUUCAUUUGGGACUACUGUUCUACUGCGAGGGCGAGAGCGAGGGCAACCAGAGUACCAUCCAGGAAGCAGUAUUGAAUGCCUUACAGCCAAAUUCAAAUCUUGAAUCCUUAUCGAUCUCAGGUUACGGUGGCAGCACCCUGUACUACCCCAAUUGGACCUCCUCUUUAAUUAACUUGAAAAGCCUGGCCUUCUCUUGGUGCGAUGUUUGUAAGUAUGUGCCUCUUUCGGUUUUGGGGGACUUGGGGUCCCUUGAGACACUCAGAUUUGAAUUCAUGCCACAAGUGAAAAAGGUUGGAUUUGAGUACUCACUUGAUCAUCAAGUUAUAUUGUUCCCCAAUCUGAAACAACUCGAGUUCUGGGGAAUGCGGGAGUGGGAAGAAUGGGAUCAUCAUGAUGAGAAUGAUGCUACUUCAUCGUCACCAACUUGUUUCAUGCCACGCCUUUCUACUUUAUCCAUCUCUAGAUGCGAUAAGCUGAAGACACUGCCAGACUUCCUUCGGAGGAAGACGCCGCUGCUUCAGAAUUUGAUCAUCGGCUUCAAUUGUCCCAUUCUCUCCCAAAGUUGCGAAGACAGGCAAGGCCCGGAGUGGUCCAAGAUUUCUCACAUCCCAAACAUCCAAAUUGGUGGCCAAACUGUACAAAAAGAUGGAGUUUGGAUCGAACAAGAGGAUUGAUCGACAACGUCAUCAAUCCAAUUCCUUGCUGAAGAUUUUCGCUGCAUUGAAACAGUGGAACGGCAUAAAUAACCCAAAAGUCUCAUUUGAUUUCACGUUCAAGAUUUUUAAUGUCAUGCUGAUCUCUGCACAUUGAAGAAUUUGUGUAACUCCUGAAGAGUUCUUAUGGAAGACACUGGUGAAGAGUUUGUUCAUCUUGGGAGGAACAUACCUUCAGUUUGAUGUUGCAAGAACAGAGGCAUGGAAUCACGGAAUGGCCUCUCACAUUUUAAACAUAUAGUGUUCUCUAACUAACUGAAUAGGAAUGUUGAAAAUGGUUGAUAAAUUACCAAGGCCAUGGGCAAGCUGUUUAACUUACAGUAUCAUAAAUAAUUAUAAGCUGGAAGUCUUCAAAAGCUUUGUGAGGUUAACAAUAUCCAAGAAAGUGUGUGAGAGAUAAGGGUGAUCCUGAGCAAGCAAGAUUGGUAAAUGAGAAGAACCUUGAUUUGGGACCAAGUUUAUGGUACUCAACAAGAGAAGAUCAACAAAUACUGAACCCCUUACACUCAAAUCCAAACAUCAGUAACUACAGUUGCAUCGUGCACACUGUGCAAUAGACGACAGAUGUCUUCAAAUAAUUUCAGAAGGCUGAGGGAUGAUGAGUGCAGUUUAUGUGAAUUUGUGCCUCUUUUGGGGAAUUUGGUGUCUGUUGAAUCACUGCAGUUAUGUUUUGACAUGAAAACCAAAGAGUACUCCAGAAGGUGAUAAAUUGUGAAGAGCAAGUAGGGUUUUUCAAGGGGUGUGCAUUUAGAGAUGUGAGUAGACAGACCUGAAUCAUCAUCUAAUACCUGCCUAGCUUGUCGAAAAGGAAGGUUGGGGAGCCCAAUAAGGAGGAAAUAAAUGUAACUUUUGGACCUGCGGUCAGAGAUGGAGAUAACGUUUUUGGCAUCGGUGCUCAUAUUUAUGCAUCCACUCCUUGAGUGAUCCCUUCAUUUAUGUGAUGGACUUGCAAAUGCUGCUAGGCAUGCUUGCCACACAGUAUGUAUGUACAUGGUGCAAGGUGCUUAUGUAUAGAGCUCAGGGCUGCUAGUCCAGGUGCUGAAUCAGCAAUGAGAGCACUUGAUCAUGCUGACAUGCCCAAUUUCCACCAACUGUAGCCACAGAAAGCUUGGCUGGCACUCUGGGACAUAUAUAGAAGGUCGAGAUUUCUCAAACGUGGGGUUUCAGAUGUUGCUCUCAUUUCUCAUACAUUUUGGUAUGGUUGGAGGUGAAAUCUAUUCUCUCUCAAAGUUGCAAAGACAGGCAAGGCCUAAAGUGGUCCAAGAUUUCUCACGUCCCAAACAUCAAAAUUGAUCGCAAAAUUGUACAAGAAGAUGGAGUUUGGAUUUGAUCACCCAUCCGAUUCCUUGGGUGCAAAAGAAAUUGAUUGCAAUGAAAUAGUGGAACAGCAGAAAUGAUCCGAAAGUCUCAUUUGAGUUCACGUUCAAGACUUUCGUAUUAUGCUGACCUCUGUAUAGUAUGGCAGAUUGAAGACUUUAUGCAACGCCGUUUUAUGUGUUGGGGAAUUUCAUAUUCUCACCCAGUCAUAUCACCAUUCAGGAUAUCGUCGUUCCUCCUUUUUUUUUAUACCGCAGCUCCUUAAAAGCAGCACAAGAUCUCCAUGGAAUAUUGGAAAGGUGGAAGCCUGAAUCUCAUUGGAUGUGACCUCUUUGCUGUAGGCCAAAUUGAAGUCUCUUUCUUGUCAAUCAGUUCAUUAUGCUGAGGAUUUGACAUCCUUAAUUAAGAAACUUCGACUCAAUUCAUCAAUCACUUCUAUUGUUCGUAAUUCUCCAGCUUCUGAAGAGUAGAGAAGACUCAGAAGAGCAAAAGAUCCUCAAAGAUAUACUCAAUAAACUCUAUAUCAAGGCCUGGAAAAAACUUGAUAGCUAACAGCUGAAGAUUUUCGCCGCAUUGAAAUAGUGGACCAGUAGAAAUGAUCCAAAAGUCUCAUUUGAUUUCACGUUCAAGAUUUUUGUGUCAUGCUGACCUCUGUAUAGCAUGGCACAUUCAAGACUUUGUGUAACUCUGUUUAAUAUAGUGAGAAUAGUCAUAUUCUCAUCCAGUCAUAUCAUUCUCCAUGACAUCAUCAUUCCUCCUCUUCAUCGAUCACUUCUAUUUUUCAUAAUAAUACUCCCAACUCCUGAAGAGUGAAGAGGGGAAUGUGAAAGCAUACUGAAUUUCUGUUUUGGCAUACAUAUUAAGGACAACUCAGAAGAGGAGAUGAACCUCGGAGAAAUACUGAAUGCUUACUACCAUAUCCAAACCUGGAAUCCUUGUAUAUUGGAAACUACAAUGCCACAAAAUUGAUGCCCCAUUGUCUCUGAAUAAUUUGAAAAGGCUUGAGUUCUCAUGUUGGGGCUAUAUAUAAAGUUUUGCCUCUUUUGGUUUUGGGGAAAUGGUGUUGUCCUGUUACUCGGUGCAAUAUUUUAAGAUGUUGUGAAACAGGAGUGGGAAGAGUGAAGGAAUGGCAGCUGGGUCUGGGUAGAGGGAAGAGGUUGAUCUCAAAUUAAAGACACCUCUGCAAAAUUUGAGGAUUAUAUCUCGCUCAAUUCUUAGGCAAAGUUGUGGAAAAAGAGGAAACAUGAUGUGGCUCGACAUUUCUCACAUCCCAAACAUCCAAAUUGAUAACAAGUUUGUACAAAGAGAUGGAGUUUGGAUCCUUCAAGAAUCUGGUGAAACCUGCCCUUAAUUACUUCAUCAUCAACUGAUACAUCUUGAUCUUCUUUCCGGUUUCUUUAUGUCCAAAAUAUUGUGGAAGAGAUGGACAGUAGUCAUUGCUACAGUUCUUAUGGAAGACACUGGUGAAGAAUUUGUACAUCUUGGGAGGAACAGAUCUCCAGUGAAGUUGCAAGAACAGAGGCAUGGAAUCACAGAAUGGCCCCAGAUUUCUCACAUUCUGAACACUCUUAACUAGCUGAACAGUACUCCAGAAGGACUAAUGAUUAAUGGUGAAGAGCAAGAAGGUGUUUCUAGGGGUGUGCAUUCGGAGAUGUGAAAAGACAGACCCAAAUCAUCAACUAUUAUCUGCCUUGUCGAAAGGAAGAUCAGGGAGCCCAACAAGGAGGAAAAUGUUACUCUUGGACCUCUUGUAAGAGAUGGAGUGAACUUUUGAUGCUCAAAGUUAUGCCACGCCAUGCAUGCUUGCAGCACAGGAUGUAUCUACGCGGUGCUAGGUGCUUGGAAUUAGUCCUUUUCUUAUAAAGCUCAAGGCUGCUGGUCCAUGUGCAGAGUCAGCAAUGAGAGCACUUGCUCGUGCUGACAUGACCAAUUUCCACCAACAGUACCAACAGAAAGCUUGUCUGGCAGAAGAAAGUCUGGGAUUUCUCAAAUGUGAAGUGUGAGAUGAUGCUGUCAUUUCUCAUACAUUUGGGGUUUGGUUGGAAUUGAAACUAAUAUUCUUGUAUUAUCUAGCCUCGUAUCUGGCAGGAAUGUAGUUACGAAAUCUUAAGAAACACAAUUUGCUUUAUUUCAUUACUUGUUAGCUCAUUGUGGUGAGUACAUUAUACAAAAAUCUUUAUUA